AUGACCUGGUUUCAUAAUAUUCCGGCUGUCUUUCUCGAAUACCAGAAAUAUGUUCCUCAUCUCUGGGGUCUUGGUGGAGGUGUGUUAGCGUACUAUCUCCUCAGUGGUCUUUUCUCCUACCUCAGCAUACUGAGACAAGUACGUGGCCUCCCUGUCAAGCACUCCUUCUUCCCCUCUUACGAGCAAGGUCUUCGAGCUCGGGUCCCGCAUAUCCCAUAUAUCUUGCCUAUCAAGGAUUACUAUUCUCGACCUGAAUGGGAUCGAUUUGAGAAACCCCGCUCCGAUCUUCUAGCUUAUACCUGUGCUACUCAACAUCGCGCAAUCUAUUGGACCGCGAACCCUUACACAGCUCAACAUGUUUUCACUAAAACCUCUACUUUCGCUAAAGCCGAGUUCAUGCCUCGCUACACUUCUUCCGCUAAAUUUGGUAUGCAGAUUAUCAGUGUCGCCGAUGGUGCUGAACACAAAAGACAUAAAUCGGUCGUCAGAGGUUGUUUUGGUGAAGAGAUCUUCAAGAAGGCUUGGGAAGAGAUGGAUGCGACUGUUGAUCUCAUGUUAGAACAAGAGGACAUGGUCAAUGGCGGUGUCAUGAAGGAUGUGGGCGCGAGUACCAUAAAAGUCACUUACAUCGUUAUCGGAAAGGUCGGGUUUGGACAUACCAUUCCCUGGGUCACACCUCGAAGUAAAUCCGGAGAGAAGAUGUCGUUCGUUGAAUCUUACGAAAUAAUCGACAGGACUGUCCUAUAUCAAUUUAUGCUUCCCGGUUGGUUGAUGCGCAUUAUUCCUACCAAAGAACUUCGACGAAUGGGUCAAGCCCAACGCGAAUUUAUUGGAUACUGCUACGAAAUGGCUCGAAACAAACGAGCAGAACUUGCAACUCUCAAAGAAGCUGGUGAAAAAUCCAAGCCUCCUACAGAUCUUCUUGGAGCGAUGGUCCAUGCUCAAGUUGUCGCCGAGGAAGAAGCGCGUCAAAGUCCCGAAUCGAGCGCCCCUCUAGUCGGACUGAAGGAAGACGAAGUCAUUGGCAACAUGUGUGAAGCUGGUCAUGAAACUACUGGACACACUUUGGCUUUUACCCUCGCGCAACUCGCUCUUCACCCCGCAUGGCAAGAUGAAUGCUACAAAGAGAUCAAGGAAGUUUGCGGCGAUGAAGCACCUUCUUAUCGAGACGUACAUAAAUUGGCUUUAUGCCUUGCUGUUGGUCUUGAAGCGAUGCGACUUACCGAUAUCGUCCGACAACUAUUCAAGGUUGCCAAGGAGGAUACCAUGUUGCCCUACACGACUUGGAACGAAGCAGGUGAAGUUAUCAAUCAUGAACAUCUUGUUAAAGCUGGUUCUUUGGUAUACGUCGACACUCCUGCUAGUCAAUUGAACCCUUUCCAUUGGACCGAUGCCAACACCUUCAAUCCUCGACGACAUUUAAGCGGUGAUGACGCUCGAGCAAGUCUCAACAACGCUCAAACUCCAUUUGUUGCAUUCUCGAUGGGUCCUCGACAAUGUAUCGGUCGAAGAUUCGCCGAAGUCGAGAUGAUAGCUUUCGUCGCCAGUGUCCUCAGCAGGUAUACGAUUCACCCAGUUCCAGCUUACGAAGGUGAAUCCAUGCAGAGCAUAAAGGCUAGAAUGCUAGAUUCAGCUGUGGAGGAUCUUACUAUGACUCCUGGUUUAUUCAGUGUUCGAUUCGAAAAGAGGGUCUAA